UGUCGUCUUCGCCUUCAUACGUUUUGCAAUACAAUUUGGCGCUUUUACCAAAACCCCCAAAAACCCUAGGAAACCCAGAACCAGAACUGAACCACCACUCCACUAACCCUAGCCCAUAUUCACAGUCCACAGAGAGAGAGAGAGAGAGAGAGAGGGAAAAAAGCGAAAAUGGUGUUAGGGUUAAGAGAAUUCACAGAGAGAGUCGGAGACGGUGCCGGAGAACCGGUUCUAGACUCCGAUAACGGCGAGGAGCUCAUGCACGUACAGCACUCUGUCGCCAUCGUUCUCGGGAAUCGCGUUCCUGUUUCCCCUGGCACUCUCUACAUCUCCACCAAGCAAGUUGUGUGGUUGAGUGAUGUGGAUAAGACCAAAGGUUAUGCAGUUGAUUUCUUGUCUCUGUCGUUGCAUGCGGUUUCAAGGGACCCUGAGGCCUAUCCCUCUCCUUGCAUAUAUACUCAGAUUGAAACGGAAGCUGAAGAAGACGAGUCUGAGGGCUCAGAUUCAGAAAGUAGCGAUACCUUGGAUUUAUCCAAGAUCACAGAGAUGAGGCUCAUUCCAUCAGAUCCAAGCCAAUUGGAUACUCUGUUUGAUAUAUUCUGUGAAUGUGCUGAGCUCAAUCCUGAACCAAUUGAUGGAGAAGAAGAGGAGCACAAUUGGAUUUUUAGUGCUGAUCAAAUGGUAGAUGAAGUAGCAGAGGAAGGCGAUCAUUUCUCUCAAGAUCCAACCAACUCAAUUGGUCAUUCAAAUGGGGAUCAUGAUCUAGCUCGUACGGUUCUUGAGCUUCAAAUCAACGAUCAACGAUUUGAGGAUGCUGAUGAGAUGGAUGAUGACCAUGAAAGGGGCCAUCAUUGAGCUUCUAUUUCUUCCUAUGUUGCAGCUUCUAGAGUUUUCUUUAUUCUUAUGUUAUGUACCAUUUCUUGUCCUGUACCUAGAGUCUUGCUGUAUAUGUGAACCAUCAUUGGAGGUAUAUUUAAAAUAAACUUCCUGACAAAAGAGCAGCAAUAUUUUCUGUUUACUUUCUCUUUAACCAAUUAUAAGGUUUUGUGGAAUCCAAUUUUCAGAGUAACUAGAAGCAAGGAUUUAACAUGCAAA